AUGAGUUUCUCUUCGCUCUUGACACAGAUCACCGGAAAAGAUAAAGCACGGCCGUUUGUGGAGACGGGAAAGACGGGGAAGCAGGACCCGAGCGGCGGUGUAUCCAGGUCGACCGCUUCUGGUACGCCUGUAAGAGGUUCAGGUACAAAUACCAAGAAACAGACAACAACGUUGUUGAACAAGGUGGCCCCGGAUCCGGCCGUUCAGCGGCUGAAAGAGGCCAGGCGGCUCGAGAAACAGCGCGAGGAAGACUCCAAGAAACAGAAGCGAGUCGAAACGCUGCGCAAAAUGGACAAACAGCGAGAACGCGAGAGACUCGCCAGCAAGGGACGACCUGUGCCGGUGAGCAGCAAGAAGACGCCAGAGCCUGCACCCAAACGAGCUCCGCUGCCCAAGAUGUCGUUCAAAGAGCUCAUGUCUCGAGCGGAGGGCGUGGACCCGAAGAAACUGGCGUACGCCCCGAUCAAGCUGGAAGCCACCAAGAAAAACGUCAAGACCAGGCCAGAACGCAAGUUUGCACAGCCGUCAGCUGCGUUGCAGAAGAAACUUGGCAAGAAGCCAACAAAGGAGAAGCCACGUGUGCCUGUGGCGUCCUCACGCAAAGAGCCUGUCCAGAAGAAAGAUACGUUUGGCAUUGAGGCCGACUCUGAAGACGAGGAGGAGAGCUACUACCAGGAAUACGACGACCUGGACGACUUUGUGGUGGAUGACGUUCGCGAACGCUCGCGGGACUACAACAGCGACGAGAUCUGGGGACUGUUCAACCGCGGCAAGAAGAGACAGUACCAGGACUACGACGACGACGAUAUGGAGGCCACGGGAGCAGACAUAUUUGAGGAGGAAGAGCGGGCCCUGCGCCAGGCCCGUCUGGACGAUAAGCGUGAGGAGUUGCUCGAGCAGAAACGCAAAGAGCAGAAACUGAAGCGGCUACAUGGCAAGUAG